CGCAAUGCGGGUACUGCUCUCGAAACUUCCGAGACCAUGGAUAGUUGACGAGAAAAAGGACGACGGUUACACGGCCCUUCAUCUGGCUGCUCUGAACAAUCACGUCGAAGUUGCUGAACAGCUGGCACGUGCUGGAAAAGCUGACCUGGAUCUGCAAAACGUUAAUUUGCAGACCGCGUUGCAUCUCGCUGUCGAACGACAACACACGCAGAUUGUUCGUCUGCUGGUACGCGAGGGCGCUAACUUGAAUGUGGCAGACAAGGACGGCGACACGCCUCUUCACGAAGCCUUGAGAUAUCACACUUUGUCGCAGCUGCGACAGCUGCAGGAUGUCCAGGACGUAGGACGUCUCCUGAUGGGCUUGGGCGCGCAAGGACAGGACAAGAAGAGUAGCUCAUUCAUUGCUUGCUUCCUCGCUGCCCACGGGGCUGAUCUCGAACUGAAGAACAAGAAGGGACAGACUCCGCUCGACCUCUGCCCGGAUCCGAAUCUCUGCAAAACACUAACCACUUGCCACAAAGACAGGGAAUCGCACGAUAUCGAACCGGCAGCUCCAUCGGCAACAAUCGACGAGUGUUUGGUCUGCUCCGAUGGAAAACGUGAAAUGCUUUUCAGCCCCUGCGGGCAUGUAGCUUGCUGUAACGCUUGUGCACCAAGAGUUAAAAAAUGUCUGAUCUGCAGAGAAAAUGUUCUCUCAAGAACGAAGAUCGAGGAAUGCGUGGUUUGCUCGGAUCGUAAAGCCAGCGUACUGUUUCGCCCGUGUGGACAUAUGUGCGCUUGUGAAAGUUGCGCAGCCCUGAUGAAGAAAUGUGUUCAAUGCAGAGCUCAAAUCCAGCAUAUGUUACCGUUGUCGAUCUGCUGUGGCAGAGGAGGUGAUGUCACUUACGUCAAGGGUUCCAAUGCUUCAGGCGCAACAAUAACAGAGCUGAAAAACGAUCAAGAGGAAGAACUAUCGCAGCAGAAUACUGGAAGUGGAGAAACUCUUUUAAUGAAUAACGGUAGCCGAGAUACAUCGCAUAGUGAUAUACAGAAACUUCAACAGCAACUUCAAGACAUCAAGGAACAGGUAAAUUAUCGAUUUUUUUAUUAUAUAAUCACAUUUUUUAUUACAACAAUUAACAGUAGGAAUGCCGACGAUUUAUAAAGAGUAUAAAAAACGUAUAUUAAAGAAACGAAAGUGCAAGGAAUAAGAAAAAGUUUAUAAUACAUUGCUGUUAUAAAAAAUUGGUUAAGAAUAUUGCUUUUAAAUGAAUACGAAUAAAUAAAUGAUAGAUUUCUUUUGUAUUACAGUUUCAAGUAGUACAGUAUAUGAAUGACAAGUACAAGACUUUUUUUUUUAAUUAAAACAACAUAUAAAUUAUCUUUAAUUAUUAUUAAGUAAGAACAAAAUAUAUCUAAAUAAUUUAAAACAAUAAUUUAAUAAUAAUAAUUUUUAAAUGCAAUCCAUUAAAGAAAUUAAUCACAUAUGAUUAAUUUUUUAAAUUGUGAGCAUUAAUUGUUAUACACUAAACUAAAAAUCUUAAUUAUUUAAUAUUAUAAAUAUAUAAAUUAAAAAUUUGAAUCGUUUAUGUUCAGCUCUGAUUUCGAUCUAUUAACUAAAAUUUAUAAAUCUUUAUGUUUGCAUUUCAUAAAUUAAAUGGAAUAUUAUAGGAAGGAAGCUUAUCUAAUUAGGAAAAUGCAAUUA